ACAUUUUGUCACUAGAACGAUGACCAGUCAAACGUUUCAUCCCGGUUUCUCAUUCAACGGCAUGACAAAGUGUCUACACUUUUGACUGGUUUAUUCUGAAAAUAAUACGCUACUUCCGCUUUGUCCUUCCUGUGCAUUUUCCCGUUAGCUUUCUGCCAAACCGUUCGCGUAUGAGCUGAAAACCAAACAAUGAUACAACUGAUCAAAAUGAUCGAGAUAUUUCUCGUCUUGCUGCUCAGCGAGGCGACAUCCUCGGUGACUUUCUCCCUUAGUUACUUCCUGACCGCCACCUCCGGGCUCCCCAAUAUGCCGCAGUUCGUGGGUGUGGUCAUGCUGAAUGACGAGGUGGUGGGCUACUAUGACAGCAACAAAGAUAUGGCCCAUGCCAAGCAGGCCUGGGUCCAAGACUACCUCUCGAAGGACCCAGAGCACUUGAUCUGGCACGCCAUCCAGUGCCGGCACCACCGGAGAGACUUCAACGCAGACAUUUACAACCUCAAGAACCAUUUCAACCAGACGAGAGACACGCACGUCCUCCAGCGCGUGAGCGGCUGCGAGAUGGACAACGACACGGGCGCGGUGAGGGGUUUCAACCGCUACGGCUACAACGGCGAAGACUUUAUCCUGCUGGAUCUGGACGCCGAGACCUGGAUCGCACCCCAGCAGGCGGCCCACCUCACCAAACAUAGAUGGGACGCUGAGACGGCCACCAUCCAGUACAUGAAGCACUUCUACUUGAACGAUUGUCGUGACAGGAUCAAUAGCUACAUGCGCUUCGCGGGGGAAUUCCUGAACAGAAUAGUGCACCCCAAGGUGGCGCUCCUCCAAAAGACGCCCCAGUCGCCAGUCUGCUGCCACGCCACGGGAUUCUACCCGGACCACGGAGCCAAGAUGUUCUGGCGGAGAGAUGGCAAGAAGGUCCAGGAGCUACUCCGCGACAGCGGGGAGAUCCUGCCCAACCACGACGGAACCUUCCAGAAGACCGUGUGCCUCAACGUUUCGGCCAUCCCGGAGGACAGGUGGAACCAAUACCAGUGCGUCUUUGAUUUCGAGGCACGUAACCAGGAUGAGAUGGUCGCCAUCCUGGACAAAGCUGUGAUCGAAACCAACUAUUUGUCACAGGGUGUGCCGCUGCUCGCUCCGGUGGUUGGAGGCACUGUGGUGGUUCUGCUGCUCGUGGCGGUCGCCAUUGCAUUGUACAGCUUUUGGAAAAGAGAGUGCAAAGGCUCCCGACUUGGUGGCUAGUUAGACCUUUUGGUCUGUGGACAUACAGGAGUCACUGAUUCAUGCAAAAAAAUAACAUUGGAUGUGAGGUCAUUGGAUAUUUUUUGUUAACUUUUGUUUUUGUGCGUUUCACGUUUGUGGUCAUAUCAGAUUGCUUAUUUCAAAACUCGGCACAAAUGUAUUUUUU